CCUCCCUUCUAACCCAACAAAAUGCAGUCUCUCUUCCCUUACUCUUUCGCCCCACACUUCUUCUUCUGACACACCUAACCCUCACCACGCUCACCCGCCGGCAUGGGUCACCACACCCGCCGCGAGUCCUACCCCUCCGCCACCUCCUCCCGCUUGGACUACCACGUCCACAGCCAGCGCCGCCCCGACACCAACGCCCUCUCCUUGCCAUUCGGCAAGCUUCAUGGCCUUGACGAUGACCAAGUCAGGGAGACGGCGUACGAGAUAUUUUUCACCUCCUGCCGCUCCACGCCAGGAUUCGGGGGGCGCCAUGCCCUCACCUUUUAUUCCAACCAUGACACCAACGGUAGCGGAGGGGAAGGGGGGAAGACGAACCAGGUGGUGACGAAGCCCACGAGCAGGGUGAAGAAGAUGUUGGGGUUGAGGAUGGUGAAGAGGAGUCCUUCCCGGAGGAUGGUCAGCAACGGCGUUUCCUCCACGCCCUCCUCGCCUGUCGGUGCCCCCGGCAGCCCUCUCUCGGGCUCCGUGCCGUCGUUCAGGCCACGACGACCCAUGACGGCGGCUGAGAUCAUGAGGCAGCAGAUGAGGGUCACAGAGCACGAUGAUCAUAGGCUGAGGAAAACCCUCAUGCGGACCCUCGUGGGCCAAAUGGGAAGGCGUGCAGAAACUAUUAUACUCCCCCUGGAACUGAUACGUCACCUAAAGCCUUCAGAAUUCAGUGAUUCACAAGAGUACCAUAUGUGGCAAAUUCGACAGCUGAAAGUUCUUGAAGCAGGGCUUCUUCUCUACCCAGCAAUCCCUCUAGAAAAGACGAGCACAUUUGCGACGCGCCUCAGGGACAUUGUAAUAAGUGGGGAGUCCAAACCUAUAGACGCUGGCAAGAACUCAGACACCAUGAGAAGCCUUUGCAAUUCUGUGGUUUCUUUGUCAUGGAGGACCAUCAAUGGUACUCCUGCUGAUGUUUGCCACUGGGCUGAUGGAUUCCCUUUCAACAUUCACCUCUAUACAUCUCUUCUUCAAGCCAUUUUUGAUGUCAGGGAUGAAACACUAGUCCUGGAUGAGGUUGAUGAGCUACUUGAGUUGAUGAAGAAAACUUGGUCUAUAUUGGGCAUCACCUUGCCAAUUCACAAUGUGUGCUUCGCUUGGGUGCUGUUUAAGCAGUACGUAAGCACUGGCCAGAUUGAAGUUGACCUUCUUUGUGCCUCACAUGCCAUGAUGAAUGAGGUGGCAAAUGAUGCUAAGAGAGAAAACGAAUCUACGUAUGUUAAGAUAGUAUCAUCAGUGCUGAGCUCAAUGCAGAGUUGGGCAGAGAAGAGAUUGCUUAACUACCAUGAGUAUUUCCAACGAGGGAAUGCUGGUCAAAUCGAAAACCUUGUACCUGUUGUCUUGACAGCCUCAAAGAUUUUAGUUGAAGAUCUGACAUUCACUGAAGGGGAUAGGGGGCAGAAAGGAGGCAUGGCCAUAGUGGAUUGCAGAGAUCGGAUUGAUGAUUAUAUUCGUUCUUCCAUGCAACAUGCAUUUGAUAAGGUAAUUGAGACAGUGAAUGCCAAGUCUGCUGAAUCUGAAAGAAGGAAAGAAUUCAAUGAAGUUCUGCUCCAAGUGGUUCAGGAGACUGAAGCGUUGAUGCUGAAGGAAAGACAUCAUUAUAGUCCAAUUCUCAAGAAAUGGCACUCAACAGCAGGUGCAGUUGCAGCAAUGGUGCUGCACUCCUGCUUUGGUAAACUGCUGAAGCAUUAUGUAAAUGAAGUGAACUCACUGACAACUGAGUCAGUUCAGGUGUUGCAGAAGGCUGGAAAGCUAGAAAAGGGAUUUGUCCAAAUGAUGGUUGAAGAAGCUAGUGACUGCGACGAUGGCGGCAAAACAGUAAUCAGCGAAAUGGCUCCCUAUGAUGUUGAUUCAAUCAUAUUGAGUCUUCUAGGAAAAUGGAUAGAUGAUUCAUUGCUCAGAGGCAAACAGUAUUUGCAGGAGGCAAAAGAUACCGAAACGUGGAGUGCAAACUCCAAAUCAGAGCCAUAUGCACAAUCAGCUGCGGAGUUAAUGAAAUUGGCUACGACAACUGUGGAUGAAUUCUUCAAAGUUCCAAUUGCAAUUACAGAAGAUUUAGUUCAAGAUCUUGCUGAUGGAUUGGAAAACCUCUUCCACGACUACAUGAAGUUUGUUGCUUCAUGUGGCACGAGACAGAGUUUCAUUCCCAUGCUUCCCCCGCUGACCAGAUGCAACAGCGAUUCAACGUUCACGAAACUGUGGAAGAUGGCUGCUCCAUGCAGUGCUGGUUUUGAAGCUCGUCUACGAAACAUGAAAGGAAAACAUGAAAGUCAGAACCCUAGGCCAUCCACCAGCCGCGGAACACAGCGCCUCUACGUUCGUCUCAACACCUUGCAUUAUCUCCUUUCUCAAAUUCAUUCUCUUGAGAGAACAAUCAGCAUGAACCCCGGAGUUGUUCCUUCAAAUCGCCUCCGCUUUGCAAGCAUCCGCAAGAGUUCUGGUUCAUUCUUUGAAUCAGUGAACUUAUCCAUUCUAGUAGCCUGUCAACAUGUCUCAGAAGUUGCUGCAUACCGUCUUGUAUUCCAUGACUCAGCCCCUGUGAUGUACGAUGGGCUCUACGUGGGUGGUGUUGCAAGAGGGCAAAUGAAAGCUGCACUGAGAGUUCUGAAGCAGAAUCUGACACUAAUGACUACAACUCUGACAGAUAGGGCUCAAGCAGUGGCAGUGAAGGAAGUGAUGAGGGCGUGGCAUGAUGCAUUCCUUAUGGUUUUGCUUUGCGGUGGAAGCUCACGGGUGUUCAGCCGAUAUGACCAGGAGAGGAUCCGAGAGGACUUUGAGAAAUUGCAGAGAGUUUUCAGGGACGGUGUGGAGGGGUUGAUUGCAGAGAAUGUGGUGGAUGGAGAGGGUUCAGUGGUGGAGGGAGUGAUUGAAUUGAUGGGUCAAAGUAGUGAACAGCUGAUAGAAGAUUUAAGCCUUGUGAGCUGCACUUCAAGUGGGAUAGGUUUGAUGGGUAAUGGACUGAAGUUGCCAAUGCCUCCAACUACAGGAAAGUGGCAUAGAACAGACCCCAACACAAUCUUGAGGGUGUUGUGCCAUAGAAAUGAGCGUGCUGCAAAUCUUUUCUUGAAGAAAACAUUCCAAUUACCAAGGAGGAAAUAAAGAGUUUCAAAGGGUGAAGGAGAGAGAAUCCGAUCUGGCAAUGCAUUUUUUGUUUAUGAUUCCUACUUUCUAAAACUUAUGCUUCUAUGGGGAGGGAGCGGGUUGUAUAUUUUUUUGGGAUAUGAGAGGUGCACGGAGCUGGGUUGGGGAGGGGGAGGGAAAAGGAGGGAGGGUAUAUGUGUUUCAAACCACAUAAGCUCCCAAAUGCAG